UCCUAUUAUCUUCUUUGUCUUCUAUAGGGAAGAAAAGGUUUAUUUUUUGUUUUGUUAAAUCUCUUUCUGGGGGUAAAUUUUUUUUUUCUUUGGUGGGAGAAAUGGAGUUUGAGGAUCAAGAGGAGCAAGAAGAAGAGAUGGGUUUUGCACCGAGUUAUGACUCGCUUGGAAACUCAUCUCCAGCCAAAAUGUCGGGUGUUGAACCGGGUUCAAUAACUCCAGCGGCUCAGCUGCAGAGGAAGCCUAGGUAUAGAGAGUGUUUGAAGAACCACGCGGUGGGAAUCGGCGGUUACGCCGUCGACGGUUGCUGUGAGUUCAUGCCGGCUGGAACUGAAGGUACCCUCGACGCUCUCAAAUGCGCAGCUUGUAACUGCCACCGUAACUUCCACCGAAAGGAAACGGAACUCGGCUCCCCACACUCCGUUCCCAUGACGGAUCUCUACUUCCACCAUCACCACCACCACCAACCACCGCAAUUCACGCCUUACUUUAGACCUCCAACCGGGUACCUCCACGUGGCGGGACAGCAAAGGCCGUUGGCUCUACCUUCGAUAUCAGGAGGCGGCGGAGGAAACAGCCGGGAAGAUCAAGAGGAUGUUUCGAAUCAGGCGAGUUCAAGGAAGAGGUUUAGGACAAAGUUCACGCCGGAACAGAAGGAGAAGAUGGCGGCGUUGGCUGAGAGGCUAGGGUGGCGGAUUCAGAAACACGAUGAAGCCAUAGUUCAACAGUUCUGCAAUGAAACUGGGAUCAAAAGGCACGUCUUCAAAGUAUGGAUGCAUAACAACAAGAACACUCUAGAUAUUGGAGCAUUGAGGCUAAGUGGAGAGACAUGCAAUGCAAAUGAAAGAGGCCUGAACAUGGAAGAGCUUUAACUGGUGUUUUUUGAGCUUUAACAGGCAAGGCCGCUAGGGAGGGGACUAAUCAAGAUUAUCCUUGUAUCAAGUAUUAAACAUUUGCUAAAAACCUAAUUAGUUAACCUUUUGUACGUGAAUUUAUCUGCAUGUAAGAGUUAAUGGUAGAUAUUUAGCUUCUUCUAA